AGUGGGAAACUUCUUGAAUUGAGUUUUUUGAACAAUUUCGUAAAUUUAAUGAUAAAGAUAAAGGUGCUAAGAGUGAAUUCAAGUCUUUUGUAACUCCCGCCGUCGUUCCCGUUGGAAAAGUUGACCGAGAAAGUGGAAAACUGCGACCAGAUCCACGGAACCUCUACAGUAGAAAAACGUGAUUCAAAAAGUUCCGCGAAACAUGUCGAAAACCCUCGUUAAAAAGGCGUUAAUUUUGGCGGAGGAAGCUCUUCCCUCAAGCAAACCACAAGCAGAUGCUAAAACCACCAAACGGAAAGCGAGCGCUCUCGAGUUGAUCCCCAAACAUCAGAAGCUGAUCGAGCUGGUGGGCAAAAAGGGUCAGCGAAUCGAAAAGGAUCUUAUAAGGCGGCGGGAUAAGGUGACCGUUUCGGAUAUUCGACAGCAGCUCGCCAACAAGCACGAUCCAACAGAGGACAACGUUCGCCGGCUGCUGCUGCUGAGCUCUUCUACCUGCAGACUCGACGAAGAAACACGAAAAAAGAUCCUGAAACGGGCGCAAACCGGAUGUUACGUUUCGAAAGUAAACCUAUCGAAGAAGGCGCGCCAAGAACAGAAGCUAAAACGUGCUUCGAGCAAAAGUAAAGACGGCGCAGCGCCGGCUGCAGGGGAGAGUGUAUUCACCGAAGAGGAUUUCGAAAGUUUCGCCCGGGAACUGGAGGAGAGUGGAAUUUAA